AUCUCCGUUGCUUUCGCCUUUCAUCCCUGGGGUUGCAGCAGGCAUUUCCUUCUUUCUUCCCUUCGGAUCAAAAAGCAUUUUUUCCUCCCUCAGAAUCAGGAAUUAGGGUUAGGGUUUCCUCUCUGAAAUUAGUGUUCCUGAUAUUGGAUCCGAUUUCGAUCUCGGGUGUUGGAUCGUGAUUGCUGUUGUAUGCAAUUUUGAAUCUUUCCCGUCGGUAUUAGGUUUGGGGGGUCGAUCGAUUUCUCGCCGUUUGGGUGUUUUACAGGUGCUGGCUUUUCAAAUUAGACUUUCCGUAAUUCUUUCUGGAAUUCGGGCUGGAAUCGGUUUCGGAAUUGGCCGAGAGCGCUGUUUGGAUUUUUCUUGCAUCUGAUUAGACGGAUAAAUUCGGUUUCUGAGAGAAGAUUUUUUGGAUUUUUGGCAUUAGGGUUUUUGAAAUUAAAGCGGAUUUGGUUUUGGAUUUGAUUGAGGAAGCUUAAACGUGGGAUAUCUUUCUUGAUUAUUGAAAUUUUCGAUGUUGUUAACAGAAGAUUUGGGGUUUCCAUCGAGGAAUACUAAAGUGGGAACGUGGGGAUUGGAACGCUGGGUGCCGGCGGGGGCUGCCUCUGCCAGAGGUGAUGGUCGGGGUGGUGCAGAUUGCCGGGCAUGUGCUGCAGCUGGGAAUCUUUGGAUCAGGUUGGCGGGAAGCGGUGGUCAGUUUGUGGGUCAGAUUGAUGGUUUCAGCCAUGAAAGUGAGCAUGACCUUGCUUUUUUGGUGAGUGAUUUUUUGGAGAAUGGUAGUAGUGGGGCCGAUUCAAGGUGCAGCAGUGAUAGUGAAUCUGGGUUUUCUGAUCUUGCCCACCUUGCCGAGAAGAUUUCAUCCCAUAAGCACACUGUGGAUCAGUACAGGAGCAAUUUGUUAUUGACCAUCCAUUCCCUCAUUCUUUCCCUCAACGAGAUGGACCUUCAUGAUGCCAAGGCUGGGCCAUGCAAUGCUGGCUGCAUCCGGCAAUCACUGGUAAAGCUCCUGAGAUUGUCUGGCUAUGAUACCGCUGUCUGCAUAUCCAAAUGGCAGGGUUUUGGCAAGGUUCCUGGAGGUGAUCAUGAAUACAUCGACGUCAUCCCUACUGGCAGUAAUGGGAGCUCUGAGCGCUUGAUUAUUGAUAUUGAUUUCCGAAGUCACUUUGAAAUAGCAAGAGCAGUCGAGUCUUAUGAUGCAAUACUGACUUCCCUCCCGGUGGUUUACGUGGGGCCCUUUUCGGAGCUGAAACAGUUCCUCCAGGUCAUGGUGGAAGCUGCGAGGAGCUCGCUAAAGCAAAACUCCAUGCCUCUUCCACCAUGGAGGUCUCUGGCGUAUUUGCAAGCUAAAUGGCAGUCCACCUACGAGAGAAAGGUCGGCCUAGAUGAACACGUCAUUGGUGGACUCUGUUCUUCCCAUCAUAAACAGUGCAUCGGACACUUGCGGAGGUUAAAAUCUUCUCUCCAGUCUGAGAUCGAAACUGAACGACUGUUGAAGCCCAUAAUCAACGACCCCAAUAUUAACAAUAACAAGAACAAUAAUUGGAGGGUGAAACCCGAUAGGCGCAGGCAGCGCCCAUUGUUCAGAUCCUGAUGGAAGAUGUACAGAUAUUGGUGGAGAAAAAAUCCCCCCCAAAAAAGAAGAAAGAAAAUCAAUUCAUAGUGGCGAAACAGUAUCAAGAGUUCGAAGGGUAAUUUGCCCGCAGAAUAAGCUCUCUGUUUUUUCAUCCUACGGAUAUCAUCAAAUAACGUGGGAACCAUAAAAAGAUGGUGGGUUCCCACUCGAGUUUACACAUUUUCUUUCAUUCUUUUCAAUGCCAGAGGAUAGCGCCGAUGAUGCUGUGGCCUUGUCGGAGCUUGCGAUUUUAUAUCUAGGGAAUGUUCUGCUGCGGAAGCUCCAGUUUGGCAAUGCUUGCUCAAUUCCCAGCUGCUUCUUGUCACAGAUUGUAUUUGUUCCUUUUCAUCCUUAAUUCCAUAUACAGUUUUGAGUGAAGAAAUCCAUGCCAUUUAUUUCUUGGGCAUUGGAAAUUUUGAUGGUGUUGAUGUAUUCUUUCUGUUAGUGGAAUCAUCCUUUUUAUUUUUUUA